AUGGCUACCAUCAAUGGCCAGCAACUGUUUACUGGUGGAACCUUUGAUUUCACGGCUUCUGGUGGUGGUACUGAAGUUUUGGAGGAAGAUGUUGAAUAUGAAGAAGUUGAAGUAUCUGCCAGCAGUGGCUCAGAUAGUGAAAGCAGCAGCAGUGGUUCCAGUAGCAGCAGUAGUAGUAGUUCAGAUAGUGACAGUAGUUCCGGAAGUUCAAGCAGCAGCAGUAGCUCAGGCAGUUCAAGCAGCAGCAGCAGUAGCUCAGGCAGUUCAAGUAGCAGCAGCAGCAGCUCGGGCAGUGGUGGAGCUUCUCCAGAGAUUUCCCCGAACAGCUCAGCCAAUGGUGGAGUUUCUCCAGUGAUUUCUCCUGUAUCGAGCUCACAGAAAAGUAGUCCUCAAGCUCCAGACGACCUUGUCUCUCCAUCAUCAAAGGCCCAAGAAUACUCGUCAACUGUAGACGACGAUGUUGCAUAUACCCACGGUUUGCCACUGGAGGACGCUCCGAGCAUCAACGUUGAGCCCUCCAAUAUAAGUGCCGAUCGCAGUGCAAUAACAGACUGUUUGCCUCCGUCCGAUCAAUCCUAUACGGCACCCCCACUCCAACAAUAUUAUCAACCACUACCGUCACAACUUCCGCAAGAUCCCAUGGAACGAGAAGCCAUGUUGGAAUCGUCUCGCGAACUCGAUACAGAAAUUGCUCAGAAGUACAUGGAUUUGGGCAAAUCGCUCAAACACAAAGGGGACUUUGAGGGAGCUGCACUGGAAAUGAAUAAAGCAUUAGCCCUGCGGCGGAAAUGCUUGGGCAAAACUCAUCCUGACACAGCCUCGUCCUACUAUCAAUUGGGAUUGCUAUACUACCAAUCUGGGCAGUACGAUCUGGCAUUUGGAGAUUUGAAACGGGCUUUGACAUUAGGGAGAAAUGUCUGGGGACGUCAACACGAGGAUACCGCCUGUACCUAUUUUCAGCUUGGUCUCGUACUGAAUGCAAAACAGGACUUCAAGACUGGAUUGCGAGAACUGACGAAGGCAUACAAAAUUUUCCGAAAGAUAAUGGGCCCGGAUCAUCCAGCCACAGCUCGAACGCUGCAAUACAUGGGAGACUCGCAUGCGGGAAUGAGUGACUCAGCCGGGGCCGUAGUCCACUACAGCAAAGCGUUGGCGAUCCAGACGGUUACCAUGGGAAAACAUCACCCACAGACCAUUGAAACCUUUCACAAGAUGACGAUGGAAUUGAACAAACCGGAGAGGAAUAGGUGA